GAGAAAAGUGAAAGCCAACGCCCCAAUGAGUGACAUGACAGCUCCUCUACUCUCCUUUGCUCGCAACUUCCAAGUACGGACCAUAGCUUCUUCGUAGCUACUGUGCUGUUUCCUGACUGAUCUCUGCCAGCCAGCUUCACCCACUUGUUGUUUUAGAUUUCUUUGGAGUCCGCUAACACGAAGACAAGCUAACUUGCUUGCAGGACCAGCGGUGCACUCUGGGACAUCUUUGCUAAAACUUUUGUGGCUUUGCUUCGUGUGUUUCUGCCUUGACGGCUAUAAUUACUCCGAAUAAGAAUGGCCGAUGCAUCGAGCUCCGAUACCAGCUGCAUGGAGAAGCUGAAAGCCUACGUGAGGACCCAAAAAGGUCUUAUCCUCGCGGCAGAAAUAGUCAUCAGCUUAAUCGUCAUCAUUUGCUAUGCAGCGUCCUUGUACGGAGGCUACUCAACCGUGGCCAUCUGUGAGAUGGUCUUUGCCAUCAUCUUCUUUUGUAUCUUCAUGAUGGAGCUGGACAAGCAGUUCCUACUGGUCAACUGGCUGUGGACGGAUCUGUUCCGGGCCGUCAUUGGCGCAGUCCUUUACGUCAUCACUUCUCUGGUGUGCCUCGUCAGAGCAUCCGGGGACGGCGGGCUCAUCGCAGGCGGGGUGUUUGGCUUGGUUGCUGGUUUGCUGUUCGCCUACGAUACGUACACCCUCGCAUUGCAAAUCAAGAGCACCAGGCAGCACACAGCGGCUGCUACCGACGACAGAGUCUAAGCCCACCAAAGUGCGUGUGCCUCUGAGCAUGUAGCGGAACAACAAGAGGACGGAGUGCAGCAGAGCAGAGGAGCGGAGGAGACAAAGGACAGUAAAAAGAACAGGGCAAAGUUUAAAUCCGUGUCAAUAUCAUUUUUUUUUUUUUUUUUUUUUAAUCAAGCCAUGCAUAAGAGGUGGAUGACCAUGAUGUAGCAGUGCCGCGCAUCUGUGCCCGCGUGUCAACUGUGGCGGGAACGCCCCUCGCAAACCCUAAACUCAAUCUGGGAACAUUAGCUAAAAAGGGAAAUGUGUAAGUGAUAGGCCAUGUCAAAGGUCAACCCAGAUAGUCCUCCAGCAGCACGUCUCCUCAAUUUCCACUUUUAAUGGACUACUGUAGUUCGUAGUAACCGUUUUGUUAAAUGUGUAUGGGUGCUUUAGGCAUUAUUUAACAUCCUAAUAAUUAGCCUUACGUGUGUUUUUUUAUUUUUUUAAAUAUAAAUAAGUCGUUCAGCCUGUUAGUGAUUGACCUUCAACAAAACCACGCCCCCAAAUGGUUAAGGUCUGUCAAUUUCCCGUCUGGUCCGUAGAUUUGCAUUUUCACAUCAAUCCAGAAAGUUUAUGUCAGCUGCUUUAAAACCUUACCAAAAAAAGUUCUGAGAAGCUGUGGACCUCCAAAAAGCAAAAUGAUGACGCAAUGUGCCCAUGGAUUAUGUAAAUCCGACAUCAGUUAUCCCAAAAGAUUGUCAGGUGGACUCCUAUUCUUUCACAGACAUUUCAGCCAGCCUGCGAGUAUCUAAUGCGACUUUUAUGACAAGUCUACAUCCAAAAACUCUACUCAAUCACUACCAAAAUGUAUGUGCGCAAGUGAUAAUAAUUCUCUGAAAAUAUUAAAAUCGAACUUGUAAUAUUUUUUUACUUGAUGUCAUAAGGUUGCACGAGUGCCUCGUACAGUGGCAACAUUCCGUCACUUAGUGAACAGGAAAAUCGGAUCCGAUUGCCACCCAACCACUCACCAAUAUGCUCUGGUAUAUUCCUUUCUAUAGUUCCUUUCCGUUGUAAGUGUCCAGAGAAAUGGCAGUGUGCCAAAUGAGGAGGGGGGGGGGGGGGGUGUCUUCCACAAAAGGUCAAUUGAUGUCCUUCACUGUUUGUCCAAGUGCCUGUGUGGUCAUUUGAGAUCCCACAAUCCAAAACACUUGAAGUCAUCUACCUGCUUGGAUCUACAAUUUUUAUUUUACCCAAUUCUUCUUUUUGUUUUUUUGAACUGCUGACAUCCACUCAUCGUAAAAUAUCAUUCAUGUGUGUUACUGUGUGGUUCAUAAGCAUCCCUUGUGUUAAUAUGCUAACAUGUUGCUGUACAGUUGUAUCAAUGAAUCCAGCCCAGUUGCAUAACCUUUCCACAUUGCCACAUUUGCGUUCCCUGCAUCCUGUAACAGGAAACAUGAAGAAAAGCGGUCAUACAGUAUGCGACAGUGUCACAUGUGUCUGAUAUCAUUCAUUCAUUUUUUUUUUCAACUUUCUGGUUGUUUUGUUCAAAAAAAACAUUGUCAUUAUGCUUUCUAACAUGCUUUACAAAUGUAAUUUCACGGUCUAAAGCAACUUAAGCUUUGGGAAAUAAAAGCCAUUGCUACAACAAA